GAAAAAACUCAGGACCAGGAUCGCGUAAUAACGAGAAAUGUUCUCGUUAAAACGCGAUAUAAAUCACGUUUUAACGAGAAAGUUUCUAAUUUUAACAAGAAAGGAUCUCGUAAUAACGAGAAUCUUUCUCGUUUAAACGUGAUUUAUAUCGCGUUUUAACGAGAAUUGUUUUUCGAAAUAACGUGUUCUAUAACUUGUAAUAAUGACAUGGAUAAUAACGGUAAAACGGCGACAUCUCGCGGGAUGUUUGAGUCUCGUCAGGAAGAAACGGAGGGAGACGAGGAUGGAGACACCAAUGGAACCACGUUGUGCCUUUUUAAGUCAACGUACUUGUCUGAGGAAUGUAUUUCUGCAAUGAGGAGAGACAAAACUUGCUGCUGGAGGAGCUGGCACUGAAUACAUCAGCUGCAGCAAGCACCCAAGGAAACAGAAACAAAGAUACAUCUGAUGUUUCAGGUGCUUUUUGUGCUGGACUCUGUAGAAAUGAAAACAGCCCAUUUGUCACAAAUGCUUACAGUGACCUGCCAGCUCCGGUGCCAGCUGCCCUUGAGCUUGACUCACCUACUCAGGAACUGGACAGUAUCUUGAAAGGUCUGGUGGGUCUUGCAGAAAAGGAACAAGAGCUUUUAACAACGCCACCAUCUCCACCGCUGACUCAAAGGAAGGUUCUAAAUGAAAUACCAGAAGAUGGAAAACCGGAGAAAAAGGAUGAAAAUUGCAGUCCUCCAUCAGGCUCAGGUGCAGCAGCCUCGACACAGAAAAAAAUAACAGAUUCUAUAGAUGACCUCCUAGGAGGUCUGAGCUCUGACUUGGAGAAGAUCGGCGUGCGCACAACAGUCAAAGGUCACUGCGCUGCAUGCAACAAGGGCAUCGUGGGAAAGAUGAUCACAGCUCUGGGGGAGGUGUGGCACCCUGAACACUUUGUGUGUGAGGUGUGUAAGAAGGAACUGGGCACGAUAGGCUUCUUUGAGAGAGAAGGACGGCCAUUCUGCGACAAGGACUACCAUGAGCUAUUCUCCCCACGCUGCGCCUACUGCAAAAGGCCUAUCAUGCAGAACAUCCUGACAGCUCUUGACCAGACCUGGCACCCGGAGCACUUCUUCUGCACACACUGCGGAGACCUGUUCGGGCAAGAAGGCUUCCUGGAGAAGGAUGGGAAACCAUACUGCUACAAGGACUUCUACCACCUCUUUGCUCCAAAGUGCUCCGGCUGUGGCGACUCAGUGAGGGAGAACUACCUGACUGCAGCCAACGGCACCUGGCAUCCAGAGUGCUUCGUCUGCGCCGACUGCCUGAAGCCCUUCUCCGACGGCUGUUUCAUGGAGCUGAACGGUCGAGUCCUCUGCUCGCUGCACUUCCACUCCAGGCAGGGCACUUUGUGUGGCCACUGCUGCAAGCCCAUCACUGGCCGCUGCGUCUCUGCCCUCGACCGCAAGUUUCAUCCUGAGCACUUUGUGUGUGCCUUCUGUCUGCGGCAGCUCAGCCAGGGUAUCUUCAAGGAGCAACAAGGGAAGCCCUACUGCGCAGUUUGCUUCAACAAACUCUUUCUGUGAGGCACGUGAGAGCAAGUAUAGCACUGGAAGAUCCCGUUUUCUCCUACUGUAUACUAAAUUAUAAGAACAAGGCAGUUGAUUUGUCACAAUAAAUCUCAAAGACUAAACCACCAUUAAAUGUUCUCAGUUUAAAAACCA